AUGAUGCAAUUAAUAGAUCGAAAUCAGUCGACGUUAUUUCAAAAAAAGACAAAUAAACCAUUAAAUGUUAUCCGCUGUAAAUUAUCAAACAUUGGCGAUCAACCGAUAAGUGAAAAAGUGAAUAAAAAAUGGACAAUGAAGUCAUUGUUACAGAAAUCAAAACCGAAGAGUGAAUGGGAUAAAUAUGCUGUAGUCGAUCGUUCAAACUGGUUUAAAUCACAGAUGCCUAAAAGUCCAAGUCCUACACAUUAUAAUAUUAAGCGAAUACACGUUGAACGUCCACUUACCUACAGCUUCAAAAACACAGGAAGAAUGAAACCAUCCCCAAUUUUAACUAAUACUAAUAAUGGAUUAUGGCUUCUUCCUGGAGCGUAUGAAGUUUGUAAAGUGGAUGAAAAAUUGAAUCAAUGUCAACGUACAUAUUCUUUUAAAAGUAUGCCAAGAAAAUUCAAUGAUAUUUUAUUCGGUAUACAAGAUAAAGAUUUAUGUCUAUCUCCUGGCCAAUACAAUCCGUAUAACGAAACUUCAAGAUAUCAUGCUCAAUCUCCAUCUUACCAUAGUGUAUUCAAGUCAAAGAAUUCAAGGUCUGUAACUAGAGAGAAACAAGACCAGGUGCCACCUCCUGGGGCUUAUAAUUUAUAUUCUCGAGAAAACAGUGCCAUAACUUCACCAUUUGUCUCACAAGUACCAAGAUUUAGACGGACAAAAUCAUUUGUUCCAGGUCCUGGUACAUACAACGUGAACGGCGAAGCACAGCAACCUGAACGAUUACUAAAAAUGGGUACGCACUGUGGACUGUUCUUCCGAGAUUAUAGUGACGAAUUUGAUGUAAAUAAUAAGUGAUACAUUGAAAAUGUAAAGUCAUAACUCUCAUAGUCUUGUUUUAGUCUUGAACUUUCAAUCG